GCGGAUCAAACAAAAAACUUUAUCACUAAAAUAAGUCUGUUCGUGCCGUUUGUAUAUACGAAAAGACACGCAUAAAAAAGAAAAUAAAUAUCCAUGAUAGAUUAUUUGUAUAUAAUUAGAUGUAAUAUAAAUCCUAAUGCUGAAUUCCGUGCUUUUUCAAAAAAUAUUGUUAUAUUUUUAAUAAACAUAUCUUAAAAAAAAAAGAUUGGAAUAAAUGUAAUUUUUCCUGAAAUAUGAUAAUGUUUAUUCAUUAAUUUCCUCCUUUCGAGGAAAAUACGUGCUGCAAUGAGUAAUCCAUUUAACAGCAAGCAAAUUGCAACGUCGAUAAGAUUGUACAUACCUUUAAUUGUCUCAACUGUGAAAGUAUAAGUAAUUAAUAAAUACAGUUAUAUUUAAAAUGGCAAAAAUCAGUGAAGACGUGUAUUUAGAACAUAUUCCAUCAUCAAUGUACAACGAAUUAAUUUACGAAUUAAAUAAGGACUCGAGCUGGCAAACACUCGCUUGUCACGUAGCCAAGCAGCUUGGAUAUCAAUGGAACUCGUGGCUACAGUCAUUAGAACGGAAUACCAGUGCUACAAAAACACCAGCUGACAAUCUGCUAUUUGAACUCAAUGUAAAAAUGUGCACGGUCGGAAUAUUAUGCACAUUACUCAGAGACUGCGAACUUGGCAACGUUUUGUCAGUUUUACAUUAUCCAGAGCUAUCUGUAAUCGUUAAACAUCCCUCCAACGGCCUGGAACAUGAUACUUUGGAAAUAUCUCUCGGUCAGCACCUUCGCCUUUCCUGCAAAGCUACAGGUAUACCAUCGCCGAGUUACCAAUGGUGUCACAAUAAUAUUGAGCUGCAGAAACAGCAAAGUUGUGAACUUGACAUUGUUAUAAACAGCUGUGAUCAAGCUGGAGAGUAUAAUUGCAAAAUCUCACAAGUCACCAAUGAUGGGGAGGAAAUAUCUGUAUUGCUAACGAAAUCAGCUUUUGUAAAUAUAUCUCGUGUGCCUGUAAUUAUACAGCAGCAACCACCUGCUUUCUUAGAGCUAAAGGAAGGUGAAGAUUUUAUAAUAAAAUGUACAGCACUUGGUCAUCCUGCACCGCAUUAUCAGUGGUUCAGAGAUAAUACAAGAUUAGAAGGAGAAACAUCUAAUGUGUUAUACAUAAAACAAUUUAAUUCCAAGCAUGAAGGAAAAUAUCAUUGUUAUAUAAGUAAUGACGUGAAUGAAGUUAUUACUCAAAGAAGUCAUGUGAUGUUGGAUCUUCCUCGUGAAAAAGCAAUUGCAAAAAUAGCCUUGAUCAUUGCAAAUGACGAUUAUGAAAAUCACAAGUGUCUAGAAACGCCAAAGAAUGAUGCUGCAAAAAUUGGUAAUCUGUUAAAGGAGAUUGGUUUUAAAAUAAUCUGCUUGGUAAACUUGUCGCUUGAACAGACGAAGAGUGCUAUAAAGAUAUUUGGUGAGGUUUUAACGGAAGGAGUUUAUGGAUUGUUCUACUAUGCUGGACAUGGUUUUAAAAUGCAGGAAAGUUAUAUGCUUGCUGUUGACGCGCCAGAAUCUUAUUUAAGAAGAGAUGCAAUUUGCGAGAGUGAAUUGUUAGCUAUAUUACUGCAAAAUGAUCCUGCUCUUUUAGUGACGAUAUUGGACAUGUGUCAAACUGUACCACCAAAAGAAUGUAACCCUGAUAUUUAUAACGAAAUACCAAAAGUCAAAGAAUAUAAGAGUAGGAAAAAUCUACGGAAUUUAGUACAAGCAUACUCAACAUCUAGUUAUCGUCCUAGUUAUGAAAGAACAAAUAGCAAAUACGGAUUAUAUGCUAUGCAUCUGAGCAAAUAUAUCAGCAAAAAUAUCCCAGUCACAAAAGUAUUUGAAGAAGUAGGAAAAUCGAUAGACAAAUUGUUAAAGGGAACCGAACGUAAUCAAAUUCCAAUGUUUGCCUUAACUAUUACUAAACCAUUUCGUCUCACUGAUGCAAUUUACAAAAGAGAUCCAUCACCCGCACUAAAUCAUUUAAAUAAAUUAAUAGGUUUUUCAACUAAAUCUUUUGAAAUAAUCUUCAAGCAAGCUGGUAUUUCUGCCAAAGUUGUUAUCUCAUUAUUUAUGGAGCCUUAUCUAAAUCUAAUUAAGAUUUCAGUGUGCAAUUUAGAAGAGUUGGAAGUAAAUUUUUUUAAUUCUGUGCCAACCAAACAGAAUAAUUUGUUUCAAACCGCAGCCUCCAAACAAGAAUGUUGGAUGCAUAAUCCACAGAUCUGUCAGGGACCUUUGGUUGUAUCUGUUUCAAAAAAUGGGACACGUAUUGGCGCAACAUUGUUGCAUAUUAAAAAGUAUAUUCCAUUAAUAUUGGAAAAUAUUAACAGCUAAUAUAUUAUACAGAAUGUACAAACUUAAU